AUGUCGCAGCUGGUCGAGCCGCGCGAGCCCAGCGUGGUCACCAGCGAGAUCCCGGGCCCGGCAUCGCUGGCCUCACUAAAGCACCUGAGCGCAAUGCAAGACACGCGCGCGGCGGCAUUCGUGGGCGACUACGAAAAGUCGGUCGGCAACUACAUUGUCGAUGCCGACGGCAACCAGCUGCUCGACAUGUACUGCCAGAUCGCCUCCAUCCCUGUGGGCUACAACAAUUCGGCCAUCCUGGCAGCCGCGCGCAGUGACCAGAUGGCGACGGCGCUGGCUAACCGCCCGGCACUGGGUGUCUACCCGUCGGCCGACUGGCCGCAGCUGCUGGAGGACUCACUCCUGCGCGUGCACCCGGCCGGCCUGGACAUGGUCUUCACGUCAGCGCACGGGUCUGACGCUAACGAGAUCGCAUACAAGGCCGCCUUCAUCCAUUAUGCGCGCAUGCGCCGCAGCUCCGGCGUCUUUUCGGCGGCCGAGCUGGAGUCCGUCAUGGACAACCGCCCGCCGGGAUCUCCCAACGUCGCCAUCCUCUCGUUCUCGUCCGGCUUCCACGGGCGCACUUUCGGGGCGCUGAGCACCACACGGUCCAAGGCACUACACAAGAUGGAUAUCCCGGCAUUCCCCUGGCCGCACGCGCCCUUCCCGCAGCUGCGCUACCCGCUGGACAAGCACGCUGAGGAGAAUGCGCAGGAGGAGAAGCGGUGCUUGGCCGAGACCGAAGAGAUCCUGCGGUCCAACCCUGUGCCCAUCGCUGCUGUCAUUGUCGAGCCCAUCCAGAGCGAGGGCGGUGACCGCCAGGCAUCGCCUGACUUCUUCCGCGGCCUGCGGCGCAUUACGCGCGAACACGGCGUGCUGAUGAUUGUCGACGAGGUGCAGACCGGGUGCGCGGCGACCGGAUCGUUCUGGGCCCACGAGCAGUGGGCGCUGGACUCACCCCCGGACAUGGUCACCUUUUCCAAGAAAAUGCAGGCUGCCGGGUUCUACCACACAAAGGAGCUGGUGCCCGAUCAGCCGUACCGUAACUUUAACACGUGGAUGGGCGAUGUGCCGCGCACGCUUCUGACGCGCGCUAUUGUGGCUGAGGUUCUGGACAAGGAUCUGAUUUCGCAGGUGCAGUCGACCGGAUCCUACCUUGUCUCGCACCUGAAACCCCUGUCCAUCCGCUACCACCGCUUGGUGUCGAAUGUGCGCGGCCAGGGCACCUUUUUGGCCUUUGAUUGUCCGACACCUGAGAUACGUGCUGAGCUGAUCCACCUUAUGCGCCUGGAGGGUGUCAAUAUGGGCGGCUCGGGCGAAGCGUCUGUGCGCUUUCGUCCCAUGCUUACGCUGACCAGUGCACACGUCAACGUGUUCAUAUCGCGCUUUGAGAGUGUACUCAACAAGAUGUACCAAAAGUACUGA